GGGUCUACAAAACAAAAGAAGGCGCAAAAAGAAAAGAAAUAUGCAGCUGAUACACUUUAUUGUUGGUUUGGCAAUGCUCAUCUCAUUGAGUUUGGCGGCUUCAGACGAUCGUGUGUUGGGAUGGAAUAAGGCACACGGAUUGUGGGGUAAACGGUCUGUUCAAGAAGCGUCGCAAGACAAGAGAACCCCUCAAAAUUGGAACAAACUGAACAGUUUAUGGGGAAAACGGUCUGCUUCUUCGUUCGAUGACGAUUACACAACUGAAAACGGAGAUGAUGACGUGACGAUGUUGUACAAAAGGAGCAAUUUGAGCCCUCGAUUUCUGGGCAGGAUGACGUUUGCGAGAAUUCCAAAAAUAUCACCAGCUCAAUGGCAACGUGCCAAUGGUCUUUGGGGAAGAUAACUUUAAAAAAGUUGAAUUUCCCGCCAGCCCGCCAACACUUCCAUGCCAAAUUCCACCGCCAUCACGAUACUUCGAAGUUAAAAUUUAUUUUUCAUCUCCUUUUUCCUACAUUUUCCCUAUUUUUGUGCUUUUUGUCCUAAAUUAUUGAGGUUUUUUGAAAUUUUUUGAGAUCGUCACUCUUCAGUUGAAAAUUUUUGUUUAUUAAAAAAACAUUUUGUGUCUACACCCUGCUUGUAUUUCUUUUCUUCUUUUUCAAAAUCAACAUUAUUUGUUCGCCGGAUUUAAAUAUUUCACUUUUCCAACAAAAAAUGAAUAUGUUUUUCGUG